GUUCGAGGUGGUGGGGCUCGUCGCUGUGGCGGUCAUGAAGGACGGUACCGGAGCAGUAGAGCCAGCUCCUUCCCGCGGGGACGUGUACGCGGACUAUGUCAAGUGUUACCUGGAGGAGCGUGCAGAGGUCGGGCCGUGCCGCGACCCCCAGCUGCUGAAGAAGGCGGCUCAGUAUCUACUGAGCGAGGCGGAGAUCGGCGGGACUUUCACAAUGUUCCCUUUUUACCAGGCUGUGACUGAGCGCUGUGAGGCUCAGCGCGACUUCAGGAAACACCUGUCCGCCUUCAUCAGAGCCUCAGAAGUGCUGGAAACUCUGUGCGUCAACCUGUUCCUACAGCCCUGGAAGAAGGAAAUCAGGACACUAAAGACAUUUACAGGUCCAUUUGUUUACUGUCUUGAGCCAGUUUUCAGCAAUUCUACCAUACAGUCCGUCCUGGCCUCUAUUGGUUAUGUGCCUCAUACAGACCCCAAACAAUGUGAGUACAGGCUCAGUGAGGAUGUUAAUGCAGACAAAGCUAUGCUUGUUGGUUUUGAGCUGCUCUUGGCCAGAGUGGAAUGUAACCACUUCCUGGAACUUCAGGAGGAUCAGCUGAGACCACAGGAGUGGCUCGAUGUUCUUCAGAGAAGAGAGCAAGCUGUGAAAAUGACUGAAUGCACAGAAAACAAGACGGCAACGGAACAAACAGAGGACGAGGAGGAAAAGAAGACGGAGGUGGAUAAAAAAGAGGUACUGUACUUGGACACGAGGCUUGUAACAACCCCCCAGCCUAAGCCUCAGCAUUACCACCUCUGCAGUGUAGAUCCAUCUAUUAUGGAGAUGCAGAGGACCUACCCUGACCUGGCCAUCAGGGGCCGGCCCCUGCUUCCAGACAAGCCCCACAAAGUCUGCAGCAGCACUAAAGCUGUGAGUGCCGCUGACCUGCCCAAGACAGACUGCACUGAAAAUCCCUGCACUGCUGUCGCAGCUGUGCUCAUUACCAACGACGACGGCAAAGCUCAGCAAAGUUUGGACGGCAAUCGGAGAGGCAGACAUGGUAACGGCCGGAACAGUGGAACAGUGAACAGUGGAGGGGCAGGUGCUCCAGGGGACACCGGCAGUGACACCCACAGAAGCAGAGUGGAGGAUGAGCUCAGUGGCCCCCAGGCCAUUUCCCUCCACAUCACACUCAGAGCAGGAGCCACAGCACAGCCUCCAACACAGCACAACACUGGGCCACAAGAUGAGAGUGCGGUCAAGUCAGAGCUUUCCUCUCUCAGCUCCGUGGAAGAGGAGGAGCAGGAGCUGAGAGGGUUGGCGGAGAGGAUGGGACAAGUGCGCGUGCAGGAAAGUGAACAUGAGACAACAAGAAAAGAGGGAGACAACACAAACAAAGACCGGAGGAAACAAAUAAGAAAAGCAAACACAGAGGGAGAGACAAAGAAGAGAAGCCUCAGGAAGCCAGUGAUGGGAAAAGCUUCAGCGCUGAGUCAUGACGACAGCGCACACACAAGACCACAACAGUGUGACGCAACAGUGACGAACGAGCAGCCCGCCGAGUGUCAGCCCUCGCCUUCGGCCGACAGUACAGCAGACACCCAGAGGCAGCGGGAAGGAGAUCCAGGCGGUCCUGGAGACGAGAACGCUGGCCCAGCAGAGGAGGAGCAGGUGGCACAGAGCUUUGUUAUAGUGGAACAAUGCAGAGACUGAAGAGCAAGUGGAAACAAGCUGCAGAAGAUCUCUGAGCCAAGCUGUAACUGUGCUGGUGGGAGUGUGAAUUUUCUUCUUUCUCUCACUUUAAACUUGUUCUUAUGUCCAGCUGCAGAGUGCCACACAGAUCCACAGUCACUAACAUGUUCAUUAGCCAAAAUGAUGCUUUUAAAAUUUCAGUGUGUUUGGGCAAUUUAAAGGUUGCCACUAUGCCUCAAUUUCAUAUAUCUUUCUCUGACAAGGAUAAGCAGAGGAGAACGGAUGAAUCUUUGUCUUGCUUUGUUUUACAUUUGAAGCGGAUCCUGUGUUAGCGCUGCAACUCACAUGUUCUGGGCUAUGAUCGAAAAUGUUGGCAAAGCCACUUUCAGCUGCUCGUUCACCAUCAAAGGGCACCACAGACCGGCAGCUUUGUGCUGGAUGCCUUUCCUGAUUUCCCAAGGCAGUUUUGUCUUCAGCUGAGAUUGAACCUGCAACAUUUUGCUUUCCAAGUGAAUGUGUUAACCGCUAAAUCAUUGGAGGCACUCUCAAAAGCAAAACGUGCAUUACUGCUUGGUGGUUGAGCUAAUUAACCAGUAUGAUAGUGCCAUUUACAGCACCCUCAUAAUUUGACCCCUCCUUGCGAACGGCACCUUUCUGUCUGCUCCGAAAGAGUUUCCAGUGAUGGAAGUAUGUUUACAAUGAUCAAAGAUCUUCUUUUGUGCAAAUAAAGCACAGAUAGUCUUAUCAUCAUUCCAAUCUUUUUUUUAUAAAAUGUUAAAUUGUGAUUGUUGCGCCUGAAUGACCAAAAUCAGAGCUGUAUACCUUUGGUAUAUUAUUAAAGCCAUAUGAUGUAAUGUAAA